UUCCCUUCUCACACUUUUCCGAUGGAGGGGUCACGGCUACCUUCGACCUCCGCCUCCACCUCUACGGUCACCAACAAUCAAGACAAGCCCGGUGAUUCUUCUUCCACGUGGCACCGUCCCACCAACAGUCUCCCUGAUCAUCUCCCUUCAUCUACCUCUCAAGUUUCUUCACCUCCACCCCAUUUCCGUAAAAAUUCCUUGAGUCUCUUCCCAAUCCUACCAUCAUCUUCUCCUCCUCCUGAUCCGAUCCCAGAGAUCGAGACCUAUGUAGUGCAGGUUCCGAGGGAUCAGGUCUACUGGAUCCCUCCCCAAGAAAAUGCAGGAUUGUCGAAAGACGCAUGAAUGGUGAUCAUCAGCCAGGUAUUCAAGCCCAAACCUCACGUUUUCGACGUUAAGAAACUCGCGAAUGGCAGGAUCAUGUUGACAUCCAAGAACCCGACGUUAACCCAACAUGUACGGGUGACCAACGGAGGUCUCGUCUCUCUCACCUACAAGAACAAGAACCUCGGGCAAGGGAAUUUCCCCCAAGCUGUCACAAGCCAUGUAUGGAUUCGAUACUGUCAAUUUGAAUCAAGACUGUCCAAGAACACGGCCAUGCGGCCGCCUGAAGCCAUUAGUUUUGUAUUGACGAUGGACCUCAAUGCGGGGUUUGGUACGGGCUUGGUUAAACGGAACAAGGAAGUGGCGGUGACAUGCGUUGUUACGGUAAAAUGA